AUGGAACCGAGUCUUGGAGCGUCGGAGGAUCGAGAAUCAGGAGAUCGUCGCCCAGGAACUAGAGAAACGCGACGCAGAAAUACAGGAGAUCGCAAGGACAGAGGACAGCCAACUGGUACUUCCUUCUUUUUGCCUUCUUUAGCCAUGUAACUUGUAAGGCUGACGAGCGCUGUGUAUGUACAGUGGAAGAAUCUCGACAGCAUCCG